GCAUUUCGAAUACCCAUAUCCCGCUUUUUUUGACAUUGCAAAUGAAAAUAUAAAAAAUGAAGACUUUACCGUCCACAACAAUUAUGUCCACUGAUACCAAGGAGCUGCUGGAAACCCGUGAUAAUGAACUGAAGAAGGUGCUGCAGUUGAAACUGCUGCUGGAUGCAAUGCGCCGCUUGGAUAUGGGAAAAAAUCAGAGCCCCGGAAUCAAGCGGGCCCUCAAAUUGGUGUCCAUCGGGGAAUUUAUGCGUUUAGGCAAUGACGAUGGCCAGCAGGAUUAUGUACUUGAUCUACAGGAACACAAAGUCGUCCCGGCCCUCUCCUACACGGACCGCAAGGCUCUGCGCACCAGUCUGACUGCCAAGCUGCAGGAAAGCCUCACACCCAUUGCCGAGCUGGGCGACCAGAUACGUGAGGAAUUCCCCGAAGUCUUCAGCAAGGACGUGGAACUCAAUCCGGGCCAAAAGGAGAUCAUCAGCCUGGAGGUGGAGCAUCGCGCCAGUUUAGAGAAAAAGGGGGAGCUGCUCAGCCGCAAGUGCGCACUGCUCAACGAUGCCGCCGAGCUGAAGAUGGGCCCGCACCUGGUGAACGAGCUCCAGCUAAAACAGGCGUCCGCGGAGGUGACCCAAACCAAAGCGGAGCUGCUGUGCAGCUGCUUCAUGAAUGAGAUUGCAUCGCGCACCGAGCACAGUGUGAAGGCCAUCAAGGAGGUGGAAGCGCAUCUGGAUGAGCUGCUUAGUGCCAAGAACUCCGCCACCAGCACCGAAAAGCGUGCCAAAUAAUUAUUAAACUCACAACAAAAAUAGUUUUAAAUAAAUUGCAAAUUGUCC